GUUCAAUAGCCAGUCAAGUAAAGUGCAGUAAAGCAAAAUCAAUUUAAAAUUUAUAAUAAUUAUAAUAAUAAUAAAGAAAAAGAGUAAAACUUUUGCUUCUUUAACCUAAAAGAACAAUAAAUAGUAAAUAACGGAAUAGCAAAAGGCAAUUAUUUUUAUUGUUAUUGUAUAAAUAUUUUGUUGACUCACAAGUGCAGUUGAUUGAAGCUAAAAAUAAUAAAUAUCAAAGCUAAACCAUGAGAAUUUUAUUAAUAAGUUUAUUUAUUUUAAGUGCCACACGCAGUUUAAAUGCAGCAACAACAUCCAACAGCUCAGACACGGAAUCCAUAGAUGCUUAUGAUUACGAUGAAGAUUAUCCCGUGGGUGAAUUAAACGAUAACAAUGAUAUAACUCCAGAUCUAGAAGACGAAAAUGACGAUGAAGAAUAUUGUGAAUGGCAAAAAUGUGAUAAAGAUUUGAGACAAGAACGUGGCUUUAGAAGAUUUAUCGAUGUACCAUUUCUCAAGAAACUGGUUAGAAAUUUAAGUCCAUUUUCCCGUCCUAGACUGGAAAUGCAUUUUUAUCUAUUUAAAAGAGAGUUUCCGGACUGUGGCAAAGAAUUGAUAAUGGGAGAUAUAAAUUCAUUGUUGUCAUCCGGUUUGAAUGCGUCAGUGCCCACAAGAAUCAUUAUCCAUGGUUGGAUGAGUCAAUCUCGCGGUUCCUUUAAUCGUGAUAUUAAAAAUGCUUACCUUCAGAAAGGCGACUUUAACGUAAUCAUAGCCGAUUGGAGUUCACAUGCUGCCAAUAUCAACUAUUUUCAUGUAGUAAGACUUAUCGAGACCUUUGGAGCCCACUUGGCCAGAUUCACUAAUUAUUUAGCAGAAAAGGCCGAUAUUAAAUACGAUGACAUUUAUCUUAUUGGCCACUCUUUGGGUGCUCAAAUAGCUGGAGCUGCUGGUAAACGCAGCUGGCCUAAUCGUUAUAAUACCAUAUUUGCUUUAGAUCCUGCUGGACCUAAAUUUCGCAAGAAGAGUACCGAUUUUCGUAUAGAUCCUACAGAUGCCAAAUAUGUGGAGAGUAUACAGACCAGCCGUAAUUUGGGUUUCUUAGAGCCGACCGGUAAUGCCACUUUUUAUCCCAACUUUGGUAGUUAUCAGAAGAAAUGCUACUACGUAGGCUGUUCUCAUAUAAGAGCAUAUAAAAUGUUUGUGGAAUCGCUAAAUUCUCCGCUAGGAUUUUAUGGUAUAAGAUGUUUAAGUCGUAAGCCCGAAUGGGAUUGUGAUGAUACACAAGAAUAUCGUAUGGGAGGAGAACCUUCUAUACCCAAAAGUGGUAUAUUUUAUGUGGAUACCAAUGCCAAAGAGCCCUAUGCUUUGGGUAGAGCCAAUACGGAAAAAUAGGGAUUAAAAUUGAAGGAAGAUAGUUAUUUAAUUAUAGCUAAAGUACCUGAGUUUACAAUUACUUAAUAUUAUUUAUUUAUUAAAACUAUUUAUAUUAGUUUAACUGUAUUUAUUACCCCAAGAUCUCUACAAAAAAUAUUAAAAAUAUAAUUAAAAUAAAAACAUACAUAUAUGAAGGUA